CUCCCCCGGGGGGGCCCGACCGUGGAGGAGGAGGACAGACAUUUAGACACAGGUGUUGAAAGACCGCUUCCGGGAGAAAGCGGCAGGCGAGUAACUGCAGGAGUGCAGGGCUGGGCCCUCAGAGGACACACCCGGGGCUAGCUGAGCUCGAGGAGCAAGGUGGAGCUGUCGCUUGCGCCCAGGGCUAGCUGAUUCGCUGUGCUCGGAGGUGAACAGGUGGAUUGCCACACGGCCAUGCCCGGGAUCAGGCUCCUCCUGCCUCUGAUACUCAUUUAUAAUUCUGGAUCAUUGGGCAGAGGUGUUAAUGUCUGUGAUAUCAAUAAUGGGACUGAAAAUGAGACUCCAUCCCUCAAUAAUCUACAUCAAGUAGGCCAAUUAUGCUGUCAGUCGUGUCCUCCUGGCACAUGGAAAUAUGCUGACUGUACAACCAAUUGGGGCAAACCGAUAUGUAAGCCCUGUGAAGAAGGGAAGGAAUACACCGAUGAAGACCAUUAUUCUUCUGAGUGCAGAAGAUGCAAUCUUUGUGAUGAAGAACAUGGCUUAGAAGUAGAAACAAACUGUACUACCAAGCAGAAUACCAAGUGCAGGUGCAAACCAAACUUUUUUUGUGAUGCUCUUCAAUGUGAACACUGUAAUCCUUGCACCAGAUGUGAACAUGGAGUCAUUGAGGAAUGCACACGAACCAGCAACACCAAAUGCAAAGCAGUGCUCCAAUCUACAGAUUCCAAGUAUUAUCCUUUGUUGCUGCUUUUGCUGCCUGUACUUGCAGUGUUAUUAUAUCUUGCUUGGCGAAAAUGGAAAAAGCAAGGCAAAGAAAAAUGUCAUCAAGGCGAAUCUGCAACCUUAAAAUCUGAAACAGUACCAAUGAAUUUCUCAGAUAUUGACAUUGGUAAGUAUAUUACCACUUUUGCUGAAGAAAUGAAAAUAAAUGAAGUUAAAGAAUUUGUUCGGAAGAAUGGUAUCAAUGAAGCCAAAAUAGAUGAGAUAAAGAACGACAAUCUUCAAGAUACAGCUGAACAGAAAGUCCAGUUGCUUCGUAAUUGGUAUCAACUUCAUGGGAAGAAAGAUGCCUAUAACACUUUGAUUCAAGGUCUCAGGAAAGCUAAUCUUUGUGCACUUACAGAUAAAUUUCAAGAUAUAGUCCAGAAAGACAUUGCUAGGGACCAGGAAGCUUCAAUUAGAGAUGAAAAUGAAAGACAAAGCUUGGUCUAGGAAUAAAACAACUAAUUCAGUUCUGUGUAUGCAGCUGGAAGGAAGGAAGGAAGGAAGGAAAGAAGGAAGGAAGGAAGGAAGGAAGGAAGGAAGGGAAAAAUGAUAAGUGGGAAAGCUCUAAAUAGCUGAAGGCUGUAAAGACUGCUUCGCUUUUCACUGGAUGAAUUUUUUUUUCAUUCAUUAGAUUUUCAGAACAAAUCUAAUUCUAUCUUCAAGGAUGUUUGAAAUAUCUUAGGAGGACAGAGACAAGAGUAAGUGUGAUGGCAUGCUAAGCAUCCGAACAGAUGAUUAGUGUCAUAUUUUAGCAUCUAAUUCAUAAUUUUGUAAAAGAUAUGUAUAAAAGUACAGGCAUUUAUCCAUAGGCUGACCUAAUUUUGUAAGCAACUAUGACCUUUUAUUGUAAUGUCUCCGUUACUGAAAAGACCACUUUGCCUCUAAAUUUCUUUGCCAACUCUAUGUUGAGUCUGGAGAUUCUGUCAUAUUUGUAAACUUUGUUUAUACAUGUGAAAGGAAUAAAUUCAGGCAGUUUUCCAUAUAUGUUUAAAUGCAGAAUUUAAUAAGAUACUACCUCAAGGACCUUUGUACAGGUUGUUAGGAUUUUAUUUUGUAAUAUUUCCACUUUGAAUUCAUAUGGAAAACAUGGCUUUAUCUGUAACACUUGAAUAUUUUACAUGUAUAUGACAUUUUUCUGGAUCAGAAUCUUCUCAUUCAUUCUCUGGUGCCAGGAGCAUUCUGAAGCAGAGAGAACUAUUACAGCCUUGUCAUGUGUCCAUUUACUCCCUGAUGUUCAUCUUGGUGGUGUUUAGUUCCCCUAAACCUGGAAGGAUGGCCACAUGCAAGACUGCCCUUAGAAACUCUAUCCUGGUUUAGAGAGACUCACUGCUGUCAUUGAAGGUAGUAACCUUGUGGGUACCUUGAACCCAUGUCUUCAACUAAAAGUAAAAAGAUUCCUAUUUCAUCCCCAGCCUGAAAAAUGUUCAAUUGGCUCCCAUUUCUCUUUUGUGGCAAAAAGGAAAUUGCUGAUCAUACAUAGCAAAGCUAAAAAUCAUCAAAAGAUAAAAUUUAGGAACUGCUCUUGCCAUUCCCUGAAGAUGCUCAAAACAACAAACGCCUCUCUCUGGCACUACUUUGUCACUUUUAUAUUUAAAGCUCUUUGUUAGCCUAUCUGAAAUGUGAAUUUUAAUAAAUAUUUAUAUUUGUAGACAUGUGUGAUAAACUGAACAAAACUAUAACCUGACAGUUAUUCGAUAAGCCUAUAAGACUUCCAUGGAUGGACAAGAUGUUCCCUUGUGUUUGGAAAUCUAAAAUAUAGGUAAAGAAAUUAUUAAAAUAUUUUUGGAGUUUCUGGCUA